CCUACUACAUCUGAUCCUGGUCCUAUGAUGAAGUCUGGCUCCAGCAUGAUAGCAAUAAAAGUGAAUGAUGAGGACUAUCUUGCAGUAAUUGGAGGAUGGGGACCAUCUUCUAAUAAUACCCCCAAACAACCUGGUGCCCAGUACAGUGAACGUUAUGGUAAUCAACUUUGCAAUGAAGUACAUAUGUACCGAUUAAAAACUGAUGAAUGGAUUUCACCAACUGUCACUGGAGAUAGACCACCUCCUAUUUAUAACUUCUCUUUAUCAUCAAUAACUAAUACCACUGCUAUAUUGUUUGGUGGCGUUGCUGGUCAUGAUAGGCCCAUUAACGAUGUAUAUGUAUUUGAAUUUACCAAGGAUAGUACCGACAUAUUGAUGAGUGGUUUCAAAAUGAUAUAUGCAUCAAUGGGCAUCAUGCACUCACAACACUAUUGA